AUGAAUUAUUCGACACAAAUGCUAGCGGUUUUGUAUCAGUCAUCUAAUUUUAUGAAGAUGGCCCAAGGUUUUGUUUCAAAAUCAUUCGACAGUCUAUUUAUUCCAAAAGAGGAGAAAGAAAACGAACAAAAAACAUUCUUUCAAGUUCAAGCUUUCUUAGUCACUCUGUUGAAUAACAAACAUGCUCUAGUAUCACUUCACAGUUCAUAA